AUAAAGAAAUAUCUGUUAAUAUUAAGUAAGUAGUACUCUGAAAGUAGUGAGUAGGGUAAUCUUGCGUGCUUAGCGGGAGAAGGAAGCUGAGAAUAUUUCAGUUUUUUAAUCCUUUGAUUUGAAACAAAUCGAUCACUCUCUUCUUUCAUUCUUCAAUGGCUACGCUUUCAGCAUGCGCUUCACCUCCAUGGCCAAAUCCUGAUCAAACCACCUCUCCCAGUUCAAAUCCAAACCCUAAUUUCCUUCCCGAACAGUCCCAAACACUCGACUUCGAAUCCCUCGUGCCUCCGCAACCGAAAUCGCCAAAGCGCUACCGCUCCCCCGCCGCAUCGCCGCCGGGAUUCUCCUCGGCGGCGCCCCCAACGGUGCUCCACCUCGCCUUCAACCAGGACCAGGCUUGCUUCUCUGCCGCCACUGACAACGGUUUCCGCAUCUACAAUUGCAACCCCUUCAGCGAGCAAUUCCGCCGCGAGUUUGACGGCGGCGGAAUCGGUCACGUCGCGAUGCUCUUCCGCUGCAACAUAAUCGCCCUCGUCGGCGGCGGACCCAAUCCCCAUUACCCGCCCAACAAGGUCAUGAUCUGGGACGACCAUGAGGGCUGCUGCAUCGGUGAUUUAUCCCCCCGUGCCGCGGUUCGCAGCGUCCGGCUCCGCCGCGAUCGGAUUAUCGUCGCUGUCGAGCAGAGGAUUUUGGUCUACAACUUCCAGGACCUCAAUCUCUUGCACCAGAUUGAGACCUAUCCCAACCCUAAGGGUCUCUGCGCGGUUUCGCAACUGUCUGAUUCGUUCGUUCUCGCAUGCCUUGGAUUGCAGAAGGGUCAGAUUCGCGUUGAGCACUAUUCGCAAAAGAAGACAAAGUUCAUAUCUGCGCAUGACUCCAGAAUUACUUGUUUCGCUCUCACACUUGAUGGGCAGUUAAUUGCCACCGCCAGCUCAAAGGGCACGCUGAUUCGAAUUUUCGACACGGUUCAGGGCACACUUCUUCAGGAAGUGAGAAGGGGUGCAAAUGUUGCUGAGAUCUAUAGUUUGGCAUUCUCUUCUACUGCACGGUGGCUAGCAGUCUCAAGUGACAAGGGUACUGUCCAUGUAUUCAGCCUUAAGGUUAAUUCUAGCAUCUCCGAGGAAGAAAAACCUCAAAAUCCAUCCAAUUCAGAUACUGCCAUUACCCCUUCUAACUCAUCUCGCUCCUUCAUCAAAUUUAAAGGAGUGUUACCCAAGUAUUUCAAUUCUGAGUGGUCGGUUGCUCAGUUUCGCUUACAAGAGGGCUCUCACUACAUAGUUGCAUUUGGUCACGAAAAGAAUACAGUCAUAAUUCUUGGCAUUGAUGGAAGCUUCUAUAGAUGCCAAUUUGAUCCAGUACAUGGAGGGGAGAUGACUCAGCUGGAAUAUCAUAACUUUUUAAAGCCAGCAACAGAAACAACCAUGUGAGACGCCGAUGGAAGAGUUUCCGCUUUGCUUAGUUAGGGUAAAUAGAUGUAUAGUGAAUUACACUGAUCCAUUACUAUUAUUACUAACUCAGUUUUACCUCGGUGCUUCCAAUGCAAUAAUGUAAUUAUAUAGUUUUGCAAUUUUUAAAUAAUAAAUAGUUAUGGUAAAA